AUGGAUUUGCUGGCUACGGUCAGAAAGGAGGGUUCGCGAGGGGGCCGAGGGGAGUUCAAGUGGUCCGACGUCGAAAGCUCUUCUCAUCGCGAAAAUUAUCUCGGUCACUCGCUGAUGGCGCCCGUCGGACGCUGGCAGAAAGGCCGCGAUCUUACCUGGUACGCAAAGGGCGACGCGGAUUCACAGGGCGAUGAGGAUGCCGCCGCAAAGGCAGCGAGAGAACGGAAAGAGGAGAUCCAGCGAGUCAAGCAGGCUGAAGAAGAUGCCCUCGCUCGAGCUCUGGGGUUGCCUGUGCCUCAACGGAGCAAUCCGAAUUUGGAUGAGCUGGGGGCCCGACGCGAGGUCGACAACGUUUUGAAAGAGGCCGCAGCGGGCGAGGAUAUCGCAUCUCCCAGGGGAGUUGGUUAUGGGCGAACGGCCAGGGUCUCGGCUCCGAGCGCCGCCACGGCGACCGAAAACACAGAAGCCGCAGCCGGAGUAGACAGAGACACAGAGACAGCCACCAAAGAAGACAUAGGGAUGACCGACAUCGACAUAGAGAACGCCAAUCUCGAUCCCCCCGGCGAAACAGGUCUGACCGACUGCGAUCAAAAUCACCUUCACCUGCUCGAGAACGUGAUCGUUAUCGUCGAGAGCGGUCUAGAAGCACCUCUCCAUUGA